CUUUGCUAUUCAAGGUAGCGUUAGUUGUGUUGACACGUUUAUGGCGUCCGUGUUUUACUCUGUGGUAACUUUUCUACACAUUUUUGGCUUACCCAAAUUUGGUAUCGUACACGGUGGAAAUAAUAGACAAGUCUAUAGUGGGAUUUAAGAUUAUAUCGUAAUUUUAUGCAGAUGCAUAAACAGUGGAGAUGGCAUCAUCAGGGUUCAAUUAUCACCUGUUCAGGUGGAAAACACUCGGGUCUCCCAAAAAGAGACCUGUGAAGAAUGAUGACAUUGAUGAGUGGAGAAAGCGAGUGGAGAUGGCCUCUGAGUUAGCCGUGUCUGAAGUCUUCUCCCAUAGGAAACCUCAAUCAGCAAUAAAUAGAGUGGCUGUACCUUUGGAAAGCUCUGAACAGUUGAGGGAUCAUGAUGACGCUUACAGUGAAGCUCAGGCUCUUCUAGAUGACUGGCUGAGUGAUAAGUUACGGAAAGAGCUGGACAUGGAGGAUGAUGAUGAAUUGAAGGACCAUGUUGAAAACACACAACCUACUGCCUCAGCUAGUGCCCAGCCUACUUACAUCGAUUACAAAAAGUUUGACGAUCUUUAUGACUGUCUGGUUGAAGAAGAAGAACAAUUGGCUGUUGAGAGCUUCCUCCAAGAUCUAAUGAAGCAAGAGCUGCUGGACUGUGGAAUGCUGGAGGAGUUGUCUCGCGAUGAUCGAGAAAAGCAGAAGAAGUUUAGAAAUCCAGCAAUCACCAUGGAAGCGCGACACCAACAGGUGCGAGAGAACAGGGCACAAAGGGAGGCUGAGAAACAGAGGAAGAGGAGAGAGAAGGAAGCUCAGCAGGAUGUCAGAGAGGAGGCGAAAAAGAAGGAGCAAGAGGGGGAGAAGAGGAAGAAGCAGCUGAAGCGUAGAGAGGAGGAGAUGGUGCAGCAGGAGAUGGUGAGACUGAGGCGACUGAUGGAGGAAAAGAAGGCCUUGGAACACGCAGCUCGUCAAAAAGAGAAGGAGAAACAGGUGCAGAGGGCAGUCAGAAGCCUUGAGUCAAUCCCUGCACUUCCCUCAAAGCAGCUGCUGAAGGAGUUUAAUCAACUACAACAACAACAGAAGAUUCAGGCAAAGAUUAACAUGAGCAACCUCCAGUGUCUGCACAAGCAUCUGUCUGGAUGGCACUCAGUGGUGUUAAGGCGAAAGUUACAUAUGGGUAAGGCGGUGGCCCUCUGUGAUUGGAGGAGGCAGCUGAGAGCAUGGCGAGCGUGGCGAGCUGUGGUGUGGGCGGAGCGCAGUCGGCGAGAGGUGGAGAGAACAGCGGAGCAACUGCGAAUAGAAAACAGGCAAUUCCAGCUGGCUGUGGAAAACAACCAUAGACGGUUGCUACGGCGAUGUCUGAAUGAGUGGCAGCUCUGGAGCCAGAGGGCAAAGUUACAACGGGAACUUUUGGCCCGGCAGCAGGAAACCAAAGUUAAGAUGGCCGCCUUGAUCGAUGCUGCAGCUACAGGCAAACUCACAGCCAUAGAAACUCCUGCCAGUUUACCAAUAUGUUUGGCCCAGGAGCCGCCAAGUCAAGAGGAUACAGAUGCCAAGAAGGGCUGCCAUGCAGCAGAGAAUGAGGUCCUGGAAGCUUCUACAGGACAUCAGAGUAAAAACUCUGUGGGUGAUGCGGGCCAACCUCUUCAGCCUUGGCAGGUGACCAGACGCCACAUUGCACCCACUGCAGAAGACCUACACAAUGCACGGCAGAGGGUGACAGAAAACAGGGUUCUUGGUAACAAACGCACGGCAUCACCAGCUGGCAGGUUCGAAAACAGACACGCCGUCCAGAAGCAAAUCAUCACACAACAGAGGAAACUCCUGAAGGAGCAGCAGGAGCAAAUCACCCGGCUGAAGGAACAGCAGAUCUUUACAGGGUUGGAGUUAGAAAUGGAAAAGGCUGCGCAGAUUACUCAGCUGUCAGCGCUACAGGAAGCGAAGAGAUGCAGUUUUGCCCCCGGGGAACACAGCUGCAGAGCUCCAAAGGCUACAGGGGAGCCGGAUAGUCAGAGUGCACCUUCCAGGAAACCUGUCAGGAAGCAGACAUGCCCCCAUCCCAUCAUCGCAGCCAUGGAAGUCCGAGCUCGACAGCGUGCCGAACGGAGGCAGGAGAUCGAGGAAAUCAAGAGAAGGAAAGAAGAGGAAAAGUUGGCUGAGAUGAAAGCUGCCGAGGAACAAAGGGAGAGGGAGGAGCAGGAGGAGAAACGCAAGGCUGCCGAAAAGAAGAGGGAGGAGAAGAGGCUGGAACGAGAGAGAGAAGCAGAAAGACAAAGACAAUUAAAAAGGCGCCAGGAGCUCAUGAGACUGGCCUGUCAACACCAUAACAAAACCUUGUUGUCGCAUCGAGGCCUGGCGCCAUGGAAACACCUCAUGCAGUUAAGACGUGAAAACAUGGAGCUGGCCGAGAGUCAUCACAACCUCUUCCUCCUGAAGCAGUGCACCCUGGGAUGGCUACAGUAUGCAAGAGAGACCCAGCGUGAGAGGGUGGCCUGUGCUGACCAACUACAGAAGCAUUUUCUGCUUCGUUGGAGUUUAAACUGCUGGAAAAGACUGGGCGACCUGCGGAUGAUUCAGGAGGAGCGAGCUGAGCGUUUUUAUCGGAAGCGGGCUCUGAGAAGGUUCCUGCUUGCUCUGCAGGACCAUGUGACCCUGCAGAGGCUGACGGAGUGGGACCGUCGAAAACUGGCUCAGGAACACCGGGACAGGCGCGUCCUGCAGAGGUGUUUCCAGGCCUGGAGGCAGCUCCCUUCUACGCUGCGGAGGGAAAGGGAGAGAGAGGUGCGACGGGAGAAGCUGAGCAGGAAAGUGGCAGAGCUUCUGCCGGAUUUCUGCUCCCGUCCAUUAGGAAUGUCUGAGAGAGAAACCGUCUGAUAAUGACAAGCUGCAUAUCCAGACAAAAGCAUCAAAGCGUUACUCCAGCAGUGACAAGUGAUAAAGAAAAGG